AUGUACGAGAACCGCGGGGAGAUGUUCAAUCAAUUCGUGCAGCCGAUGGUGCACGCGUUCGUGAGGUCGUUGAUGAAGGGAGAGCUGCUGAAGGAGGAGACCAAGGACAAGAUCAAGCGAUGUCUCGCCGCGAUGUACAGGGAGGACGAAAAGGCGUUUACGAUGAUCGUGCAGUCGCUUUCUCCACAGGAAAACGCUUUUGUAUAUGAUCUAUUUAGUUCACUGGAGAAUUAGUCUUGGUCUUUGUUCCACAAACACAGGAUGAAAAAGGUGGGGUGCUGCCGUUUUGGAAACUUUGGUAAUCACUAGAUUCCUGCCACAAAACUCACUCAGCUCGAGAUUCGCGAGGACAUCCCCAAGUCCUGUAUUACGGUAAAAUCUGUGAAUGGAAUCCAGAAGGAUGUGCUCUUUUUUGGAACUCGCAACGGAAGCAUCAUUCCUGUGAAUGUGGGGCAUUUUCCAUUUUUUGAACAUAGAUCGAUGGCUCCACAAGCGAAAUUUCUCAGAUUUCCCACUUGGGAGAACUCUCCGCGCUCUGUAGCUACCACAAGGGGCUUUUAGCUUGCACAACGGAUGGUCAUUGCUAUAUUGUGUCGAUCAAAGAGUGCCUAUUCCUCUAAUUGUGCAUUUAUUUUUGUAGUAGAGAGAACUCACCAACGGCUUCUUCUGCAGGAUACAAACUCGUGGUCGAGAGUACGUGCGACGUGUGCUACAACAGCUGCAUCAUCAAGAUUUUCAAAAGUUUCAAGGUGGAGCGAGAGUUUAUUGUGAUUGGCACGGAAGAGGGCUUUAUCAAUAUCUAUCAACAGAACGGCCAGACUCUCUCUCUAAUCUCCUGUUUUACGUGCUGUGGAUCGAUUCUCGACAUUGUUCAAGGUGAGUCCAACUCUCUGCUUUCUCUAUGGGUUUCGUGCGAGGGCGACUGCGGGUAUGAGCUGCACCUGGAAGGAACCGUUUUCCAAUCCACCAUCCACCAAAAGUGCCAAUCUUCCCAGGUGCUGCGUUUGCAUCGAAUCUGGGUUUAUCCUACAAGCGUUUGCUGCUCAUGCGACCAGGUUGCAGAGUGCAUGUAUCUCACCCUUCCCACCACUUCCAUGCGAUUGGAACUCGACAUGACAGGCAACAUUUCACUUGUCGAUCAGCGCGAGGAGCGAUUCAUUGUCAGUGUAGGAGAACCGAUCAUGUCAUUCUGCGCUUUUGUAACCGAAAACAGCAUGGGCUCCCAGAUUGCUCUGGUGUGCCGUACCAAGUUCUUCUUUCAAAUAUACACAGAUGUUUUUAAGUAUUAUAAGUGCUUGUGUUAGAUU